UGUACAUAAUUUACCUUGCUGACUAAGAAUUUCGUUAUCUAAACAAAUUUAAUUUAAAUUAAGGACCAUGCACGGGCGUGUCAAAGUGAGGACCACGGAGGAGGAGCGCGAGCGCAAGAAGAAGGAGCAGGCUCUGAAAGUGCGGGCGUAUCGGGCGGCCAUGGGGAGGAUUCAAAAGAAACGUGAGGCGGGGGAGCUGGACAAUGAAAUGCUCACCCUGACGGUUCAGAUCCUGCAGCGCAAUCCGGACGUGAGCACUCUGUGGAACAUUCGCCGGGAGUGCGUCCUGGAGAAGCUCUCCAAGCUGAAGGAGGAGGCGGAGAUUGAGGCGAAGCAGCCCACACAAGCAGAGCCCCUGGGGGAUAAGCCCCCGGAGAAGGAUGACAAGGCCCAUUCCAUAUUCACCUGCGAACUGGACCUUACCGAACAGUGCCUGAUGGUCAACCCCAAGUCCUACAACGCCUGGCACCACCGCUGCUGGACCCUGGAGCAGGAUCCCCGGGCGGACUGGCAGAGGGAGUUGCAAUUGUGCAACAAAUACCUCAAGUACGACGAGCGCAACUUCCACACCUGGGACUACAGACGCUAUGUGACCGCCAAGGCGGCGGUGCCCGCCGCACAGGAACUCGACUUUUGCACCGAGAAAAUCAAGGUCAACUUCUCCAACUACUCGAGCUGGCACCAUCGAAGCCUGCUGCUCCCGGAGCUCUAUCCCAACGAGCAGAGGGAUCGGCCCAUGAGCGAGGAAAAGCUGCAGCAGGAACUGGAGAUGGUGCUGACGGCCGCCUUCACGGAUCCCAACGACAGCAGUGCCUGGUUCUACCAGCGUUGGCUGCUGGGCAGUGGUGCUCAACUGGAUCAGGUGCCCAGGAUAGCUGCUUUUCGGCUGGAGUCUCACGGGGCAGUCCUCGCCAUAGAUAAUCCCUACCCAGAUCUGGAACAACUGAAGGCCGAGUUGGUUGGCGGAGGACAGACAGUUAAAUUGCAAUCUUGGCUGCCAGUAGACCGCACCGGCACCUGCUGGAAGUGUCAGCAGACCUUUGAUUACCAAAGAAACUCAACCUACUCCCUUAAGCUUUCCGACCAGGAGGUCAAUCUCUCACCCCUGCCUGGCUCCGGAGAUGGAGCUUUUUACUUUACGCCACCGCAUGCCGCCGCCAGUUGCAGCAUGGAACUCUUAAAGGAGCUGCAAACGCAGCUCCAAUCCUGCCUAGAUCUUUUGGAAUAUGAACCGGACAGCAAGUGGACUUUACUUACAAGUGCCCUCCUAAUGCGUGCCAUUGACGUGUCAGCCAACCACGAAAAGAGUUUGGCCCACUUGGCUAAGCUGGAGAAAGUAGACGCAAUGCGGGAGGGAUACUACAAGGACCUUGCUGCCAGGUGGACCUUGGAGUAUGAGCUAGCGAAGUGGCCACAAACUGAAGGAUUCCCGAGGAACUUCACGUUGGCGGAGGAUGUAUUGCUGGCCUCGCUGCCUUAUGGACAAUACUUUGUCAUUGCCGACGAGUUGAAUUUGUCCACCAAGCUCAGGGAGCAACUGGGAGACUCGGUGCCCAUAACCUUUGUUGACUUAAAGGUGAAAACCGAUUUGUAGAGUAGACUAAGUGGGAACUUUUGUUUCCUUUGAACUGGUUUCGAUAAACUAUUUUCCAUUCGGUGCUUUAUAGAUUGGCUACCCUGGUAGAAUUUGUUAGGAACAAUUUAAUUUAGCAUUUAUUCAUAUAUAUAAAAAAAAAAUUUUCUAUAACACAGUUUUGUAUGUAUAUAAUAUCAAAUAGUACGAUUUAUAAAUAAAAAGAAGUGUAUUAUUGAAGCUCA